UUCAGAGUCCCACAAAGGUCCCAUUGUGCAGACACUGGGUAUAAAGCAGCAUAUGACUCCCCAGCACCGGGCGGCGAUGAAUUGGAACGCAGGCGCGGACGCAGGGACCACUCCCCCUGCACAGACAUGAGACCAUAGGGGACCUGUCUGGGUGGCCUCAGGGAUAGGCGCUCCCCAAGGUGUGAAUGAGGCAGGAUGAACUGGACCGGUUUGUACACAUUGCUCAGUGGCGUGAACCGGCAUUCUACUGCCAUUGGUCGCGUAUGGCUGUCGGUCAUCUUCAUCUUCAGGAUCAUGGUGCUGGUGGUGGCCGCCGAGAGCGUGUGGGGUGACGAGAAGUCCUCCUUCAUCUGCAACACCUUGCAGCCCGGCUGCAACAGCGUCUGCUACGACCACUUCUUCCCCAUUUCCCACGUGCGCCUGUGGUCCCUGCAGCUCAUCUUGGUGUCCACCCCAGCUCUCCUCGUGGCGAUGCACGUAGCUCACCAGCAGCACAUAGAAAAGAAGAUGCUGCGACUUGAGGGUCACGCGGACCCCUUGCACCUGGAGGAGGUCAAGAGGCACAAGGUCCACAUCUCAGGGACGCUGUGGUGGACCUAUGUCAUCAGCGUGGUCUUCCGGCUGCUGUUUGAGGCCGCCUUCAUGUAUGUCUUCUACCUGCUCUACCCCGGCUAUGCCAUGGUGCGGCUGGUCAAGUGUGAGGCCUACCCCUGCCCCAACACGGUGGACUGCUUCGUGUCCCGGCCCACCGAGAAAACCGUCUUCACGGUCUUCAUGCUGGCUGCCUCGGGCAUCUGCAUCAUCCUCAACGUGGCCGAGGUGGUGUACCUCAUCAUCCGGGCCUGUGCCCGCCGAGCCCAGCGCCGCUCCAAUCCGCCCUCUCGCAAGGGCUCGGGCUUCGGCCACCGCCUCUCACCUGAGUACAAGCAGAAUGAGAUCAACAAGCUGCUGAGCGAGCAGGAUGGCUCCCUGAAAGACAUACUGCGCCGCAGCCCCGGCACUGGGGCUGGGCUGGCUGAGAAGAGCGACCGCUGCUCGGCCUGCUGAUGCCGCACACAAGGCAACCUCCCCUCCUGCACCCCUCCCCCUGUCCCCCAUCCCCCUGCCCCUGGCCCUGCCCUCCUUCUCCCCUGCAGGGUGCGGGCCUCUGCCUGCUAGGGACUGCAGAUCAGAUCAAUGGAAAUCUCCCUUUUUUCCCUGGUUUCCCUUCCUCCCCCCCCACACCCCCACCCCCGCCUUCUGUCUGGGGGGCCAGAGGGGUGGGGAGCCCUAGGCUGGCCAGGCCAGUGCUCAAGGGUGGGGUGAGGGGGCAGGGGGUGGCUCUUCUUGUCUGUACCCCCUUUCUGCUUCCCUCUCCCUCUUCCUGGGGCCACUGGGGGACAAGAGAUAUGAUGCUCUGACAGCAUCUCCAAUUAUGAAACUAAUCUUAACCCCGUGUUGUCAGAUACCCUAUUUCUGGAGUCACAUCAGCAGGGAGGGACGUGGGCAAGUAGAAUGGAAGGAGGGUGCUCUGGACAUGUGGGUGGAGAAGGGAGGGUAGUCAAGGCGAGAAAAGGAGGAACAGCACUUUGCUGGCCACAAGGAGGAGGAGGACCUGUCUCGGAUGGAGGAAUUAGGGAGGGAGGAGCAGGCAGAUAAAUUGGAGUGGGGGUUGGUUAGGACCGCCUUUGCCUCUCUUUCCCAAGGCCUCUCUGUGCCUGAAAUGUUACACAUUAAACAGGAUUUUACAGUAAACGAA